CCCUGUGAGUUGCGAAGAUCGAUGAUGACGGUAAGCUCUCGAAUGGCGAUGCUGGCGGUGCUGCUGCUGGUGAGCUCCAUCUGCUACAAAGCCACGGCCUUGAGCGAUGGAUUGUUACCCAAUGGCAACUUCGGAUCUGGGCCGAAGCCCUGGCAGAUGAAAGGCACGGUGGUGACGGAUCGAACGGCCGUACCCAGCUGGGAGAUCUCAGGCUACGUGGAGUACAUAAAGUCGGGGCAGAAGCAGGGGGACAUGGUGCUGGUCGUGCCCGACGGGGGCUUCGCGGUUCGGCUCGGGAAUGAGGCCGUGAUCAAGCAGAGAGUGAACCUGGUCAAGGGCUCGUACUACUCGGUCACGUUCACCAUGAGUCGCACCUGCGCGCAGAAUGAGAAGCUGAACGUGUCGGUGUCGCCGAACUUGGAGGCCUACGACUGGGGGAUCCUGCCGGUGCAGACGGUGUACAGCAGCAACGGGUGGGACUCGUAUGCAUGGAGCUUCCAGGCCGAGGACGCCAAGGUCGACAUCUCGUUCCACAACCCGGGCGUCGACGAGGAUCCGGCCUGCGGCCCCUUGAUCGACUCAGUUGCUUUGAAGGCCUUGAAUCUUCCUAAGCGCACCAGAUAUAACUUGGUGAAGAAUGGUGAUUUCGAAGAAGGCCCCUACAUCUUCCCGAACUCGUCCUGGGGAGUCCUGGUGCCGCCCCACGUCGAGGACGACCACAGCCCGCUGCCCGGCUGGAUCAUCGAGUCCCUCAAGGCCGUGAAGUACAUCGACUCCGACCACUUCGCCGUGCCGGAGGGCAGGCGGGCGGUGGAGCUCGUUGCCGGGAAGGAGAGCGCCGUGUCCCAGGUCGUCCUCACCAUCCCUGGCAAGACCUACGUCCUCACGUUCGCCGUGGGCGACGCCGGGGACUCGUGCGAGGGGCCGAUGCAGGUGGAGGCGUACGCCGGGAAGGACAGCGUCAAGGUCCCCUACGAGUCGAAGGGGAAGGGCGGGUCGGUGCAGGGGGAGCUGCGGUUCGUGGCGACGGCGGCGCGGUCGCGGGUGACCUGUUUCAGCACCUACUACACCAUGACGAGCGAUCACUCGGGGUCGCUGUGCGGGCCGGUCAUCGAUGAUGUGAAGUUGAUCAGCGUGCGUCGCUCUAAGCUGUAGCGCGGCACAUGGUUUGGCAUUGGCUAAUUAUACCUUAGUCUUAUUUCAGUCUCUAUAUAUGUAAUAUCCUGGAGAAAGGUCAUGACUAAAUAAUUUAUU